CUUGGAACCACGAGCUGCGGUUGGUGAUCACGUGAUCGUGGGAUAAAGAUGGAUUCUAAGAAACAGAGCCGGCAUCUAACUCAAGCACAAGCCGACGUUCUGACUAAAGUGUUCAGCAAGGCCAAUGUGGAUGAACCCGGUCAUGUUCCACCAUCACUAGUGCCGGAACUUAUUACUCAGGUGUUUGGCACUGGCAUUAGUUCGACAGACUUGGAGCAACUUCAACGAAAAGCGGAAGCCAAAGCUACAAGAUCUGGUAUUGAUCUUCUUGAUUUUAUCGAGUUGGCAAGAGGACUAAUGCGUCACACAACUCAGUGGGGGACACUGCAAACCAGGCUAGAUAGCUAUGUCGGAUUUGAUACAAUUCAAGAUCAACUGAAAAAGAAAUGUUUGAAGAGAGGCUUCGAGGUUAACCUAAUGGUUGUUGGUGAAUCUGGUCUUGGAAAGUCGACGUUGGUCAACACUCUGUUCAAGUCGAAAGUUAGUCGAAAUUCUUGUGCUCCUGAUGAAAACCCGAUGCCCAAAACUGUAGAUGUUCGCUCAGUUUCUCACGUGAUUGAGGAGCAAGGAGUCAGGCUGAAACUAACCAUUACAGAUACACCAGGAUUUGGAGAUCAAAUCAACAAUGAUCAUUGUUGGCUUCCUGUGUUGGACUACGUGAACGAACAGUUUGAAGUUUACCUGAAUGAAGAAGUCAGUGUGACACGUAGGAAGAAUAUUCCGGACUCUCGUGUUCAUGCUUGUCUAUAUUUCAUAUCUCCUACAGGACACCAUCUACAACAAUUGGAUGUUGAGUUCAUGAAACGCCUUGACCAGUGCGUCAACAUCAUUCCAGUGAUAGCGAAGUCCGACACGAUGACGCUAGAAGAGAGAAACGCAUUCAAGGCAAGGAUCCGUGAAGACAUUAAUCAUCAUGGCAUAAACAUCUACCCAUGUGCCUAUGUGCCUGAGGAUGACGAAGAUGCCGAAGAGAAUGCAAAGAUUGAGAAUUUGUUGCCAUUUGCUGUCGUUGGGAGCGAUCGAGAGUACAAAAUCGGCGGCAAGAAAGUCUUGGGACGUCAGACCAAGUGGGGCUUUGUGGAGAUUGAGAAUAAGCAGCAUUGCGAGUUCUCUCACUUGAGAGACAUGCUCAUCAGGACUCACAUGCAAGAUCUGAAGGAAACGACUGACAAGGUUCACUACGAGAAUUUCCGACGAUCUCACAUGCAGACGAGCUCUGACUAUGGUGGAGAGAGCAACAUCUGAAUGAAUACUAGGUCUGUUUGGGAGGCUUUUCGAUGCUUUCGUGUUUGUUUUGAAUGGAAUUAAAACAGGACUCUAGUAAUUAAGGAAUUGCUUUAAGAAGUUUGGUAAGCUUGUAUGCAUUCUGUUAUGGGCAUUUACUUCAUCGUAUUCGACAGAUUGGAAAUGCAGUGAGUACACAAUA